GAGGAGGACCAGAGCGCUCGCUCCUGUUUCCUCAAAUCGCGGUGCAUUGUGGGGCGGAGGCGGCCUUUCCUCAACACUGCAAAGAGCAGUAGUCGGCUGCAGUCUCAUCUUUUUUUUUUUUAAACAAAUAACGUCAACACAUAGGGGAGUCUCAAGCAAGCAUAGAAAAAUCCUGUAAAGCGUGUCGGAUAAAGCCUUUUUAUUUGCUGUUAAGCACCCGUUUGCUCGACAAACAUGGGGCAGGAGGAUCUCAUGAGCACGGCCGAAGACGUGGCAGACCAGUUCCUGCGGGUGACUAAACAGUACCUGCCUCACUUGGCGCGUCUAUGUCUCAUUAGCACCUUCCUGGAGGACGGAAUCCGCAUGUGGUUCCAGUGGCAUGACCAGCGAGACUACAUCGAGACCACGUGGAACUGCGGCUACUUCUUGGCAUCGCUCUUCGUGCUCAUUAAUCUAUUAGCACAGCUCGGUGGCUGUAUCCUCAUCCUCAGUAGAAAUUUUGUACAGCAAGCCUGCUUUGUAUUAUUUGGCAUCAUUGCGCUACAGACGAUCGCCUACAGCAUUUUAUGGGAUAUUAAAUUUUUGAUGAGAAACCUGGCGUUGGGCGGUGGUCUCCUCCUGCUGCUGGCCGAGUGCCGUUCAGAAGGGAAGAGCAUGUUCGCCGGCGUGCCCUCCAUGGGCGAGAGCUCGCCCAAACAGUACAUGCAACUAGGCGGCCGCAUACUGCUGGUUCUCAUGUUCAUGUCUCUGGUCCAUUAUGACACCAGCUUCUUAUCUAUCCUGCAAAACCUGGUGGGCAUCGCCCUCAUCAUCCUGGUGGCCAUCGGUUUCAAGACCAAGCUGGCGGCGCUGACGCUCGUCUUGUGGCUGCUGGCGAUGAACGUCUACUUCAACGCCUUCUGGACCAUCCCCACCUACAAGCCCAUGCAUGACUUCCUCAAGUAUGACUUCUUCCAGACCACCUCCGUCAUCGGGGGCCUGCUCCUGGUGGUGGCCCUCGGGCCCGGUGGCGUGUCCAUGGACGAGAAAAAGAAAGAGUGGUAGGGCGAGGGAGGGAAAAUGUGGCGCACCACCGACCGGGACUCAAAGACACCCCCAGAUACCUCUCGCUCUUUCUGUUGGCUCACCUGGUUACACUUGUAAACUGUUUUCAAUUGUUAUGUUUUGGCCAAAACCUUAGAUACUGAUAAACAUUUUUUAUGUUAUAUGUCAUGGCUCUCAUUUGAACUUUUCGUUCUAAGCUAGUAGGCUAUUCCCAUGGAUAAGAAGGUGUAAUAGGCCCGUAUAUUUCAAGUUAAAAUUCUUUGUCCUGUGAAUGGUCGAACAUACACCUGUUUUAUUGGCGUUAUCGUGGCUUGGGAUUUCCCAAUUUUGCUUGACCUGAAAUUUGUUUCCUCUCACCAUCCCAAUGUUGCAAAAAAGUUUUUUCAUAAAUUAAUGAAAAAGAACUUCGAAGUGAAUCAAAAUGCGUGCCUGCUUGAUGACCCAUAAAAAGUAAUUAUACUCUUGACAAUCAGGGGCCCGUUAAAAAUUGAAUUUUGGGAACUCCUGGUUGCGUGAUGCACCUUCAUACUUGGCAAAGGGGAGAUGCAGUAGUUUGGGUUGCAGGCAUUAAUGCUGAUCACAUCCCUACUUCCAGUCAAGCCAAGCAACUGACUGACAAGCCAUGUCGGUCUACUCUGGGCUCGGGGGUGGGCGUGUGUGGGUUUGGGGUGUACACGUUGUACAAAGUGGUGGAUUGCCAUGCUCGAUUUGAAAAUCACAUUGCGGUUGUUAGAGCCAGGGCUCGUCGUUGGGCGGCUUGCUUCCUUCCGUAUGUCUAGUGAACUGUGUAUGAUGUAUGGGCGGAGGGUGUGGGGGUCUCGGGUGGGAGGCUCUAUCCAUGUUUUGUCAAAUGCCAUAUUCUGCGAUCCAGAAACGCAAAGAGGACUCAGCCGAUGUCUUAUUUCUCUGUUCUUAGUGUUUUUUUUUGCCUCAGUUCGAGAAAAAAUAAAAUGUUUUGGUUUUGAGAAAUUUAUAUUGUAUUUUUUGUUUCCUUUCAAAUUUGGAUGUUUAUGGCAGAAAAUAAAAAAAAUGAAAUUAAUUAGAGUGACUGUAUUUUAAGAGAAACUCUUCAAAUCAAAUGACUCCACAUGUAUUGACAGAUAUGUAAUGAAAAUAAAUCGAACCACAAAAGCAA